GCAGGGGAGGGGCCACUGCUGACAGAGAGUAGCAGCCGAGUAGCAUCGUUAGCAUCAAGCUAACAGACAAACAGGCAGACAGACUGAUAGACAGGCGGGAGGAGAGACAGAAAGAGAGAGAGAGACAGAGAGACAGGCAGAGAGAGAGAGAGAGAGAGAGACAGGCAGAGAGAGAGAGAGACAGACAGGUCUUUAGUGUUUCCACGCUCAGCAUCAGCCUCCAUCUUUCCUCCUCUCUCCUCCUGCUGAAGGAGGACAUGGAUCCCUAACCCCCCCCCAGGAUGCUCUGUGUGUGAUGCGGCGGCAGCAUUGUGGUAGCCAGGAGUCGUUGCUAAGCGCUGGCUGUGUGUCGUCUCUGGAGCUCAGGAUGGACCAAUCAGUUAUCAUCAAACCAGUCCACUCCUCCCUGCUGGGACAGGACUACUGCUUCGAGGUCACGACCUCCACAGGAACAAAGUGCUUCUCCUGCCGCUCGGCUGCAGAGCGAGACAAAUGGAUGGAGAACCUGCGCAGAGCCGUGCACCCGAACAAGGACAACAGCAGGAGGCUCGAGAACGUGCUGACGGUGUGGGUGAUCGAGGCCAAAGACCUGCCCGCCAAGAAGAG